AUGGGGUCCUGGUGGCUCGGACUGUGGAAUAUAGUUGGGGCAGUCUGGAAUAUGCUGCUUGACGUUGCUCAGUUCUGGAGAUAUAAACUAUCAUCAUGGUGGCAUUCCAAAUCCCCUCGAGAUCGACUCUUCUAUACGCUAGCCAACGCGAAGAGCUAUGAGGAUUGGGAAGAGGCGGCAUUUGAGCUGGACGAGCUACAGAGUAAAGAUUUAUGGCGCCAAAACCCCGUCAGCCGACACUACGACUACCGACUAAUCCUCGGCCGACUGGAAGCACUGAUGAGCGCGCGCGAGUCAGAAGACAUCCUAACACUAGUAAACCUGCUCCGAUCGGGGCUAGUGAGAAAUUUGGGAAACAUAACCAGCACGAAGUUGUUCACGCACGCGUACGCAGGAACCAAGCUUCUAAUUGACGAUUACAUCACGCAAGUAGCGCUGUCAAUCCAGUACGUGACAUCCGUACCAGGAGCGCCGAUGCAUCCGAGCGGGUUCAGCUCCCAAGCGAAGCUGGAGUUGCUGCACGAUACGCGGCAGGCGUUUGGACGUACGACGCUGCUGCUGCAGGGCGGGUCUGCGUUUGGGCUGUGUCAUCUUGGUGUUGUGAAGGCGCUGCAUUUGCAGGGUUUGUUACCACGGAUUAUUACGGGCACUGCCAGUGGGGCGAUGAUUGCUGCGCUUGUGGGGAUUCAUUCUGAGGAUGAGUUGUUGCCGUUGCUUGAUGGGGAGGGGAUUGAUCUUUCUGCUUUUGAUACGCGGAAGAUGAUUAAUGGUGGGGUCGAGGAGAGCUCCGACUCGGGUUGGGUUGGGACGUUUUAUCGGAGGUUGAGGAGAUUGAUGAAAAAGGGGUAUUUGUUUGAUGUUGGUGUUUUGGAGGAAUGUGUUCGGGCUAAUGUUGGGGAUCUUACGUUCGAAGAGGCAUACGCGAGAUCGAAGCGCAUUUUGAAUAUCACUGUCGUGACGACGGGGAAAAACGGGACACCGAAUCUGUUGAAUUACUUGACUGCGCCUAAUGUGCUUAUCUGGUCUGCGGCAGUAGCAUCCAACGCCUCUUCCUCCUCAGGCCUCUACUCACCCGUGACGAUCUACUGCAAAGAUGAAACAGGCACAAUAGUCCCUUGGCCACACACACAAGAUGCAGUCUUCCGACCCUGGCGACACGUCCACUACAACGAAGGCGAAUCCCCCCUCUCACGGAUCUCGGAACUCUUCAACGUAAACCACUUCGUCGUCUCCCAAGCUCGACCAUACCUAGUCCCGUUCCUUCGGUCAGAAUUGAAUCUCCUAGACCGACGACAGACAGGCUGGAGUAAUCUCUCCCGUUCCACAAUGCGACUAAUAAUGGUCGAACUGCGCCACCGGCUCCGCCAGCUCGACUACCUAGGCGUGCUACCUGCUCCGGUGAGCAGAAUCCUUAUCGACGAGACAAUCCCCGGGCCAAACCUAACUCUCGUCCCGGACUUGAGUUUCUGGGAUCUAAGGAAACUGUUCCAGAGUCCGACGAAAGCCGGCAUCGCUGACUGGGCGCUUAAGGGCGAGAGGGGAGUUUGGCCGGCGAUUAGUGCCCUGAAGGUUCGGGAGGCGAUUGAGAUUGAGCUUGAUAGGGGGUAUCAGCUUGUUAGGCGGCGUAGACCGAGUGAUCCUUCUGUUUCGGUGGCUAUUCCGAAGCAGGUUAACGCUAUGAAUGAGGGUGUUCCUAGGCGUAGGAGGGGUGGUAGUGAGAAUGACGAGGGGAUUCUCGCUGAUCGGGAGUAG